GGAGGGGGGUAGCGACUGUGAGGAGGACGACGACGACGAGGAGGAGGAGGUUGACGAGGAGGAGGAGGAGGCCGCUUGCGUGGUGAGAGAAGCAGCCGAUGGAAAGUGCGACCAUCAUCACGCAAGUUUGCCGCGAAGAUGACACGAGCACGGCGACAGAAAGAGUGAGCGUGCAGCAGCUGCCGCAGCAGCAACAGCAGCCUUCCCGCGGCGGCUCGAGCAAGAAGAAGCCCCGUGGACGCGGGAUCUUCCGCUCGCUGCUCUGCUGCCUGCGGCACACAGAGAGCCCCGAGCGGAGGGAUGCGCCGGCCAAUGGGGCCGGCGUUGGGCCCGGCACGGGCAACAGCCUGGGCUCGGGCGCCGGGUUGCUCGACGAGAACGGGUCCAUCGCGAGGGCAUCGUCAUACGAGCCGACCAGUAAGUACCUCCUGACCGAAGCACGGCCGGAUGACGCCGGUCGGAUCUGCGUGGUGAUCGACCUUGACGAAACGCUGGUCCACAGUUCCUUCAAGCCAAUCAACAAUGCCGAUUUCAUAGUUCCUGUUGAAAUUGAUGGAACGAUACAUCAGGUUUAUGUACUGAAGCGCCCUCAUGUGGAUGAGUUUUUGAAACGAAUGGGCGAAUUGUUCGAGUGCGUGCUCUUCACUGCCAGCCUUGCCAAGUACGCUGAUCCUGUGGCGGACCUCCUGGACAAGUGGGGGGUGUUCAGGGCGAGGCUGUUCCGCGAGUCGUGCGUGUUCCACCACGGCAACUACGUCAAGGACUUGAGCCGAUUGGGCAGGGAGCUCAACAAAGUCAUCAUCAUCGACAACUCGCCCGCCUCCUACAUAUUCCACCCUGACAACGCGGUUCCGGUAGUGUCCUGGUUUGACGACAUGACCGACACGGAGCUCCUGGACCUCGUGCCGCUCUUUGAGGGGCUGAGCAAGGUGGACGACAUCUACACGGUUCUGCGGCAGCACAGGACUAGCUAACGGCAGCGCGGCCAGCAAGCCGUGGGGGAAUAAAAGAAAGGCAAAACACACACACACGAGGAGAUGCAAGAGGAAUAGAGAAAAAAAAGACUGAACAAAAACGAUCAAACGAAAAGACAAUCUGACGUACGCAUGAAACCUUCCCGAUUGAUCGCCGUUGGAUGGUGGAAAGUGCUGCUCGAGUGAAAACCAGUGCGGGGAUCGCCGUCGACUGGAGGAAGUUGACGUCGUUGCGUUGCUUGAAGUUUGAUUUGAUGCAAGAAAAUGGGCGUUUUUAGCACUUUCCCUAACCCCGCAAUUGCAUAUCAUGCCUGCCUCUGUCAAUCAAAGACAAACUUUACUCUUAAUUUUUUUUUGUCGUCGUCGUAUUAGCUGUACGGUUCUUUUAUUCUCUUACGGCUGUUCGUGAUCCAAUCUUUGAUAAACCAAACUAAAACCAAAUAAUA